AUGCCGUAUACUUCAGUCUUAAAUCAUGACUCAGAGGAAUCAGCUCAUAGUCAUCAAGAAGGUUCAUCUCUACUGGAUAAAUUACACAGUGUUGGAAGUAACCAUAAAUAUUACCCAGCUAGUGUUGUCAUUGCCACUGGAGGUGAAGUGAAAAUUGCAGUUCUGGAGGGAGGUACCGUGGGAGAGAUCCACUGGCACUAUCUUCCUGGGAAUGAGACCAGCCUCUCAAUCCUAGGCUUCACUGCCAUUCCUGCCCCCAUUCUUGAUUUGACAGGUGACUGUCCCUUAGUUCUUGAUUGUCAGCAGACCAGUUCUAAAGUAUAUUGUGCUAAUCACAAACUGGACUUCUAGAAUAUGGCCAUCAGAAUCAUUUUCUUAUCACAAACUACAACUGGAAUUCUGGGAAAUGUCUCUAUUAUGUUCUACUCUCUAACCCUAUACUACAAAGAAUGCACAUUAAAGCCCACAGAUUUGAUUCUCAUGAACCUAAUGGCAACCAAUGCUUUGAUUAUGCUCUCUGAAGGAGUGCCUAACACAAUGGCAGCUUUUGGGUUAAAGCAGUUUUUGAAUGAUUUUGAAUGCAGACUCCUAAAAUACAUUCAUAGACUUAGCAGGAGUGUGUCCAUUGGAACCAUCUGCCUGUUGAGCGUCUUCCAGGUCCUUUCCAUUGGUCCCAGGAAAUCCUAUUGGAAGAAUCACAAGGUCAAAUUUUCAAAAUACAUUGGCUGCUCCAUUGCCCUCCUCUGGGCCUUGCACAUGUCAAUAAGUUUCAUUUUCUUUGUGGAUAGAUAUAUCAAAAAUAAUAGCAAAAAUGUAACAAGAAAAUGGGAUUUUGGGUACUGCUCCAUUGUAGGGCGCAGUGAAAUCAGUAACUCACUCUAUGUAGUAUUGGUGGUGUGUUCUGAAGUCUUCUUUUCUGUGGUGAUAGCCUGGUCCAGUAGUUCCAUGAUUGCCAUUUUGUACAGACACAAGCAGAGGGUUCAACACAUCCGCAGCUCUCAUGGUUCAAGUAGAAACUCCCCUGAGUCCAGAGUCAUCCAGAACAUCCUGGUCCUGGUGUCUACCUUUCUGGCUUUUUAUUCUCUCUCUUCUAUCUUAAGAGGCUGCAUUGCUCUUCUGGAUAAUCACAGCUGGUGGCUGAUGAACAUCACUUGUGUCAUUUCUCUGUGUUUUCCAUGUUUUGGACCAUGUUUUGUUAUCAGUCAUUACUCCAUUGUGCCCAAGCUUAAUUUGGCCUGGAUAAAAAUUAAAUCUCUCAUUUUGUUUUAAGUAUGCCAACAAUAGUUUUUGUGUGAUAGCCAGUUGUUUACCAAUCACUCUCAAAAGUUCAAUAAAGAAACUUGCGGAGGUAACAACAUGUCUUUCAAAGAUUAACCACAAUGAGUAUUGCAGUUCUUUCAGCUGGUUGACUUAUCAGCUUACAUGGGCUGGA